AUGCAUAAAGAUUUGCUUCACACGGACAACGGUCAUGAGGUGGAGGUGUCCAGCGGUGGACGACGCCGACCAAAGCUCCGGACACGCGAGGUAUGGGCCAAGAAACUGGACUUUCUCGUCGCGUGCAUCGGGUUUUCUGUUGGUCUUGGCAACGUGUGGAGAUUCCCGUUCCUGUGUUACCGAAAUGGUGGAGGUGCCUUCUUGGUUCCAUACUUCAUCGCCGUCUUUCUUGGAGGUAUCCCAAUGUUUUUCCUGGAAGUUGCACUCGGACAGUUUAUGAGCGAGGGCGGCAUCGGCCCGUGGAAGAUAGCGCCUCUCUUUAAAGGUAUUGGCCACGCCUCUGCCGUCAUCGUGUUCCUCUUGAGUUGUGAGUACAACAUCGUCAACUCCUGGGCCUUCUACUACAUCUUCGCCUCCUUCACCCCCACCCUCCCCUGGUCCCACUGCCACAACGCCUGGAACACGCCCAACUGCUCCACGUUCGAUGCCCCGACCUUGACCUUCAGCAACGUGUCCAGCGGCAAUGAGAACCUCCCGAACGUGUCGCUGGGCGGCGUUCUGGAAACUUCCUUCAACGCCUCGGACAGUCUCGGCGUGGGCGGGAUCUCUGACGUCACGCAACUACGGGACAACGGAACUGUUGGGGUGUUCCGGAUUAUUCCCAGAGCGAUGACGUCAGAUCCUGUUACAGAAUUCUGGGAACGUAAAGUGCUGGGCCUGUCCUCUGGGGUAGGAGAACCAGGUACCAUCAAGUGGGACAACGCCCUGUGUCUGCUGCUGGCCUGGGUCAUCGUCUACGUCUGCAUCUGUAAGGGGAUUAAGUCGUCUGGGAAGGUCAUGUACUUCACUGCCAGUAGCCCUUACGUCUUCAUGUUCAUCUUGCUUGUCAGGGGCGUCACGCUGGAAGGGUCCACCCAGGGGCUGUUGUAUUACCUCGACCCCAAAUGGGAGCGCCUUGCCGAUGCUCAGGUAUGGGUGGAUGCUGGCACCCAGGUAUUUUUCUCCUACUCCCUGUCUCUGGGUGCCCUGACGGCACUGGGGAGCUACAACAGGUUCCAUCACAACUGCCUUAGAGACAGCCUCAUCUUCGGCGUCGUCAACACAUUCACAAGUCUCCUCGCCGGCUUCGUCAUCUUCUCCAUCCUAGGCUUCAUGGCCUUCAAACAAAAUGUUUCAGUAGAGGACGUUGCCGAGUCGGGUCCAGGCCUGGCCUUCAUUGCCUACCCUGAAGCUGUUUCCCAGAUGCCUUUAGCGCCGUUUUGGUCGGCUUGUUUCUUCAUCAUGCUCAUACUGCUAGGCUUGGAUAGUCAGUUUGUUGGAGUCGAGGGUUUCAUUACCGCCUGUGUUGACCUGUUUCCAGACGUCUUAAGACGAGGCUACCGCAAGGAAAAAUUCACCCUUGUAGUCUGCGUCGUCUGCUACAUCAUCGGUCUGUCGAUGGUCACUGAGGGCGGUAUGUACGUGUUCCAACUUUUUGAUUACUACUCAGCAAGCAGGAUUGUGAUGGUGGUGGCUGUGGUUGAGUGUCUAGUUGUCGCCUAUGUCUAUGGUGUUGAUCGAUUCUGUGACAACCUAAUCAUCAUGUUUGGGUUCCAGCACAAGUUGGGAACAAAACUGUUCAGGUGGUACAUCCGGGUCUUCUGGGCGUUUCUCAGUCCCUUCUACACACUGGCCAUCUUCACACUGGGCUGUGUCAGCUACUCCGAGGUUGAUUAUAAGCGGAAGUUCGUCACCUACGUCUUCCCGUCCUGGGCUAUCGGGAUUGGCUGGACAUUGGCGCUGGUCAGUGUGGUCGUGAUACCCGUCUUCAUGGUCCAGGGCUUGCUGGUGACGCCAGGGACACUAGUACAGGUAAGUGGGGUAGUUAUCCCCACCUUUAUGGUCCAGGGCUUGCUGGUGACGCCAGGGACGUUCUUGGAACGUUUGAGGCUACUCACCACCCCCAGACUCAAGAAACAUCAGCUGAGACCCAACGAAGAUUUGACAAAAAUAAUUCUGGAGGAAAGUCAGGACCCUGUGUACCCAACAUGUCUUUUGUUAAUCAACAAUAAAGAUCCUUGUUAG